AUGGAUUCAUCAACUGUAUUAUUCGUAGUUACAAUAGUAAUAGCAUUUAUUUUCCUAAGAUGGUUAAUAUCACCAAUCCCACAAUCAAAUGAGUUUAAUAUCAACACUUCAGCAUCAUCAAAUAAUCAAGGUACAUCCACGUCAACUAAUAGAUCAACCACCACAACUCAAAGAAGAAAUAGAAGAAAUGUAACUGAUUCAAUGAUAGAAGUAGUACAAACUAUAGCACCAAAUUUAACAGUUGAACAAGUUCGUUAUGAUUUAGAAAAUACAGGAUCUGUUGAAUUAACAGUAAAUAGAUAUAUGGAAUUAGGUAAUUUACCAUUUCCACCAAACUAUGUUCCACCUCCAAUAAUACCUGAUUCAUCAACCACAACAGAAUCAAAAUCAUCAAAUUCUUCAUUUAAAAAUAAUAUUAAUCUAUUUGAUAAAUAUGAUAUUGAUGAAAAUUCCACAACAAAUGAUAAUUCUUUACAAAGUAAAAGAAAUGAAAUGAUUAUUAAUGCAAGGAAAAGAUUAGCUGCUCAAUUACAAAAUAAACAAGAUUUACCUUUCAAGUAA